UUUAGGAGAAAAUGUCUCAUUAUACGCCGAGAUACCACCGUGGGAUGAUGGGACCCCACGCGAGAAGGGGAGGCCAGCAAAACCCCCAAGGCAGGUUCCCUCCUGCACACCCGAAUGCCUUACACGGGGAAAUCCACAGGCUGAGUUACCUUCUGGAAAUGGAGAGAGCCGGGAGGUUUGAAGACAACCAGAAACUGUCCCACCUGGAGGCCGAGCUGGAAGAGACCAAACUCCAGUUAACAAAGCAAAAAACUCUCAAAGAAACGUUUAUCAACCAGGCCAAAGAGGCAAAGAGGGAACUUGAGAGACUAGAGAAGUUCAGUGAUCCAGCAGUCUGUAACGCUGCGGUCAUUGCUUCCAAGGUUCACAACAAUGUGAAAUACAUGAAGAAGAAGAACUUGCAACAAGACUUGGAGGAGUUAAAGGUGGCCCACCUCCUCAGCCAGGAAGCAUUUGUGGCUGAAAUAGAGGCUGAGAGGAAGAAAAGUCAGGGACUCCAAGAAGAUCUGGACAAACUCCAGACUUCCUACGAGGAACUGCGCUCUGAGUAUGAAGCAGCCGAUGCUCUGCUGAGGCAGGAGGCCGAGACACAGAAGCUUUAUGAAGCGAGACUGAGUGAAGAACAACGACUGCUGGAGAACUUGAGAGCUGAGAAGGACAACAUGUUUAAAGAAAUGUCCCAAAAGAUUUCAUUCCUGCAAGACGGUGAGAAACUUUUGCAGGAAGAAUUAAAUCUGAUCAAACGUUCAUACAAUGAACUGACCUGCAAAUAUGAAAGCGAAGUUUCUUCACUAAAGCAAGACGUGGAAAGAUAUCGGCAGGAGGCGACAGAUGAGAAAGACGCCAACAUAGAAAGAACGAAUGAAAAUCUGCAGCUUAUCAACAAUCUGAGAGCUGAGAAGAUGGAGCUCUUCCAUAAAAUGUCCAGAGAAAUUACAGUUCUGCAAAAGAGAGAGAAGCAGAUGAUAAAACUGGACCAGUUUAACUUCUUCUACGAGGAGCUAAAAUGUAAAUAUGAAAGAGGCAUGAUGGAUAUACAGCAGCAGGCUGAAACGUACCAGAAGAAGAUAAACCAGGAGGAAACUGCUCUUUCAAACAGAGAAAAGAAAGAGAAGGUUAUGCAUGAAAGAAACAAUUGUGAGCUGCAACAACAAGUCGAAAACCUUCAGCUGCAGAUAAAUCAGGAGCGAAAAGAUCAUCUGGAGAAAUCAGAGGAGGACAAGGAGCAUCUAGAGAACCUGAGAGCUGAGAAGGAGGAGCUCUAUCAAAACAUGUCCAGAGAAAUCACAGUUCUGCAAAAGAGAGAGAAGCAGCUGAUAAAUGAACUGGAUCAGGUUAACUUCUUCUACGAGGAGCUAAAAUGUAAAUAUGAAAGAGACAUUAUGGAUAUCCAGCAGCAGGCUGAAACGUACCAGCAGGAGAGAAAAGCUCAGCUGGAGAAAUCAGAGGAGGACAUGGCACUUCUAGACAAUAUGAGAGCUGAGUUUGCCGUCCUCCAAGAUAAAACAACAACUGAGAUUCAAUUCCUUCAGGACAAGGAAAGGAGUGUCCAGGCUGAGUUGGAGAAGGUUAACAGUUUGUACCUGGAGUUAAACCGUCUGUACGAAACUGAUGUCACUGCAUUGAAACAGGAAGCAGCAAAAUACCAGCAGGAGAAAAGUUGUAUGAUAAAUGAUUUGGACAGAGAAAGAGAGGAUGUACUGCUGCCCGACACUGUGACAGCUGAGGAAGAAGAUCUCCAUCAAAACCACAUCCCAGUUUUCCAAGAGGAGAAGGAUGGUAAAAAGAAAAAAUCAAAAUUUUCAAUUUGGAAAAAAGUCCAAAACAUUCUGCGAUUGAAAAAGCCAAAAAAAAACCCAAAAGAUUGAAGACGAUCAAGAACAUGUUUAAUGUUCUUGAUUUUGAUAUUUAGAGGAGAAACACGUGAGAGGUCUGUGAACGGGGCGCCAUGCCACGCUCCGUCAAGAGGAAAUUUAAAAACCAUGAAGUUUUUUCCCAUCGACUAACUAGAAAAUAGAUCCCUUCCCGACCCGAUUGGAAAAAACGUGGGCAGCACGGUGGUGCAGCGGCUAGCGCUGCAU